AUGGCGACGAUGCUGCUAGAUGGGAGUUUGAUAUGUGCGAACUCAGGUCAUGAUGGUUCUACAUGCACCCAAGCCGGGAAGUUCGAGUGCAAUUAUUGCCAUUUGUACUGCGGCAAGAAUUGCCAGAAGGCGCACUGGAAGACACAUAUACGUGAUUGUCGAAAGAACCCGCUACUAGAUCCAAACUGGCGACCUGCGUGGGAGACGGAGAAUCGCGAGCCCGCUUUCAUGGGAGGCCCUCGGCUCCAGCAUUUCAACUUCAAAAAGAAGUAUCCGUGGGGAAACAUGCCCGCAUUCGACGUCCUCAACCUUGCAGGGAAUGAGGGCGCCAACUAUAAUAGAGAUCUUAAUCUUCUCUUUGCCGCUUCUGGUGACAUUAGGAAUUGCGUCAUGACUCUUGCCUCUAUCCCUGACGGAUGCAAAAGUCAUAUGAAGGUUUUCCUGAACGAUCGAGACGCCGACGUCGUGGGUCGGAACGCCAUCAUACUUCUCCUCGCCCUGAUAGAAGACGAUGCUAACGUCGCAGCUGAUAACAUUAUCCAUCUCUGGUACUCAUCCUUCAUUUCCCAGUCCCUUUACGACACGCUGAACGGGAAGAUUCGCCAGCUGGUUCAAGAAGUGUGCAAGAAGAUAGAGGGAAAAGCGUCUGGUACAGUCUUGGGGAAGACUUGGACUUUCGGUUCGAGGUCUCUUAGGCUGGUGUUGGCCAAGAAUCAAUGGCUCGAAUUACUCGCAAGUUUGGAAGUUCCUCGCGGUCUGACGGCGGAGAGGGCCCAAGAUAUUCGCCGAAGUGUUGCUUUAGCCCCUGAAAGAGUGGAUUUCAGACAUCGCCGAUAUUUUGCUCAACCGCCCGGAGGCCGCGCCAGUGCAGAGAAGUUUCGAGAGCACGGUAUACUUGUCCCCUUCGGUGCCCCUCGUAAUUCGUUUACGAUACCAAACCCAACUCUCUUCCGUGAUACGGAGUCCUGGCCUCUGAAAGACGAUGCGGACCCGAUCAACGGUUACCGCCUAGACAAGAUUAAAGUAUUCCCAUGCGAUGCUCCCGCGAACGAUCUCUACGGGAAACUCAGUUUCCUCCUCAAGGAUCUCAUCACCCGUUUCCACCGUCGGCUUCAAAAUUCGAACAUUCAGUUCCAUCUGCUGAAUGUCAACGCGCAGGACUUGCAAAACUACACCGGACAAGUCAUGUUCGACCGUAUAGAGGUUGCGAAUAUUACGGACGCGGGGUAUUUAGGUAUGGGGCAAACGCUGCUCUAUAUGGGACCCCUAUUAAAGCAGCCAUCUGAUAAUCGUCAUGCUACCCUGGUCGCUCUAUUCCUCAACGCAGUGGAUGAGAUUUUCGACGACAGCGAGAAAAGGAAGGCGAUCUCGCGCGAUAUUCAGGAGGUGUGGAAGUAUAUGGACCCGAAGCCGCCUACAGGACCGUACGAUGCCGGGAUAAUUGUCAGCGAUAUCGCAACUCAACAGGUCCGCGACGUAGACAAGUACUUCGACAUGUACAUGAAGCUCCAUCAUUUUGACAUGCUUUGCGAGUUAUCUGGCAUGGAAUUCAAAAGAAAACCCACGAUAAUCGAGGCGUGGCCAUUGAAGGUGAAGAAACGCCCGCACCAAAAGGGGGCCAAGGAGGAGUUUGCCACUCUAUUAUCGUCCGGCGACUCGGGCUGUGAACGAUACAUGGAAUGGAGGUUUAAGUAA